AUGUCCUUAAACUGCUUUUUCGGUAUCGAACUCCAGCCGGAUGGGAUCCCGGUGACCCCACCCUUACCCCCUAAUAGCUCGUUGGUGAUCACGCAGUGCGCGGUGACGGCCGCGGUACCGCCCCCUUCCUCGUCGUCGGCCUCGCAAGCCGGGACGACGACGCCCGCCGCGUACGCCCCGGUAACGCUUUACGUCCAAAGCCACCACCUCCCUUCCCGCCUCGCCGUUUGCACGUUGGCGCCCGCGCAAAACGUCUUUUUCUGCUCGCUCGAGCUCAUUUUCAGCGAGCGGGUCAGCUUCACGCUGGUUCCCGAUCCCGAGGCGCGCACCGCCUCUUCGUCUUCGGCGGCUUCGCCCGUGGCGUUCCCGACGGUGCAUUUAACGGGUUACUACGAGUCCGCCCUCAGCGACGAGGAUCAGGAGGAGGAAGGCGAGGAAGAGGAGGAGGGCGAGGAGGAGGAGGAGGAGGAGGAAACCCACGAGCAGCGCCCCCGGAGGGAGGCCGCGCGCGAGGAGGCGGUGCCGCGUGGGCGUGCUCCCGGCGGUCGCCACGGAAAGGCGAGGGAACGAGCAAGCAAGAAGCGAAACAGCGGUUAA